CUCUAAGGAACCCGAACAGCGAAGAAUAAGGAGUCGGUGUCAGUUGAAUUUUAUGUAGUUAAUUCACCACGGUUGCACGUUGAGCAACAUUUUCCAGUUUCGUUUCUUUCGCCAAAACAAUAGUAAAGUUACUAGAACACGUAAAUUCGAGUUGUCAGGCUACAGUUCUGUAUUUAUAACGAAGGCGACUUACACGAUCUGACCAUGCGGGCUCUUCUGCUCCUCCACACGUUGCUCCUGCUUUCCUUGAUGCCCUUCUGCUGGGGUGGUUUUGAUGACGGGGAGGAUUUGUCGGAGUUUGAUGACAGCGACUUCGCGGAGUUUGAGGAGAUGGGUGAUGAUGCAGAUGCAGAUGCUGAACCCGUGCCUCCAGUGAUGGUGGACAGCUCACCCAAUAGCGGUGGCGACAACGGUGCCCUCGAUGAUGAGGCCACCGUGGAGCUGGAGGGAGAUCAGGAGGGCUUUGAGGACUCCGACCCUCCGGAGGAAGAUGUGUACAGCAAGUAUGACACAGAGGAAUUUGAAGGCUUUGAGAAGUCCAGUCCUCCUCCUAAGGACGAAAUCAAUUUCUUGAUGGUACCUUCCCACCUGCACAGCGGCUGGGAGAGCUACUACAUAGAGAUUCUCAUGGUAACCGGGCUUUUGACCUACAUUGUGAACUACAUCAUUGGCAAGAACAAGAACAACCGGCUAGCGCAGGCCUGGCUCAACUCUCACAGAGAGCUUCUGGAGAAGAACUUUGCCCUUGUAGGGGAUGAGGGCACCAGCAAGGAUGCUGUGAGCACGGGGAAGCUGAACCAGGAGAAUGACCACAUCUACAACCUGUGGUGCUCGGGCCGCGUCUGCUGUGAAGGCAUGCUUGUUCAGAUGAAGUUUUUAAAGAGGCAGGACCUGCUGAAUGUGCUGGCCAGGAUGAUGAGGCCUAUGUGUGAUCAAGUGCAAGUCAAAGUGAUGCUGAAUGAUGAGGACAUGGACACCUUCGUCUUUGCCGUGGGCACAAAAAAGGCGAUGGCACGGAUCCAGAAGGAGAUGCAGGACUUGAGUGAGUUCUGUGGCGACAAACCCAAAUCUGGAGCCAAAUAUGGACUCCCAGAGCACCUGGUCAUCUUGUCGGAGAUGGGAGAGGUGACUGAUGGAAUGCUGGACACUAAGAUGGUUCACUUUCUGGCCAACAACGCGGACAAAAUCGAGUCUGUCCAUUUCUCAGAUCAGUUCUCCGGCGCCAAGCUCGUGCAGGAGGAGGGUCAACCUUUAAAGAUGCCCGAAUCAAGAAAGACACUACUUUUUACAUUCAAUGUUCCUGGCAUGGGAAACGUGUCCCCCCGAGACAUGGAGUCUCUGUUUCCCCUCAUGGACAUGGUCAUCUACAGCAUCGACAAGGUCAAAAAGUUCCGUCUCAAUAGGGAGGGUAAGCAGAAGGCCGAGAAGAACAGGGCUCGUGUGGAGGAGAACUUCCUGAAGCUGACCCACACUCAGCGUCAGGAGGCUGCCCAGACGCGCCGUGAGGAGAAGAAGCGUGCUGAGAAGGAGCGCAUCAUGAACGAAGAGGAUCCAGACAGACAGCGCCGCCUGGAGGAGGCAUCUCAGCGCAGGGAGCAGAAGAAGAUGGAGAAGAAAAUGAUGAAGAUGAAACAGAUCAAGGUUAAAGCCAUGUGAAGUCAGCAUGGGUCAGACCCAAAAUCGUGGGUGAAUUUUUAUGAGUAUUCACUAAGGAUGUGCUGAAAUCAGUGCAGUUUCUGUUUUGGUUACUUAGAUUCACAUACCGUCAAUUGUGCAUUAUAGGUUUAACUCUAUUUUUUUUUUUUAAUUUUAAACAUGCUUAAAUAUGGAUGCCUGCAGGAAAACUUUGAUCGCACAACCUGAUGUCUCAAAAUUCCAAAGAAAUGUAAAAGUUUGACAUUUACAUGGGUAGGAGCUUUGUUAUUUCACGCUGGUUAUUAAUCCAUGGGCGUUUGGUGAAUUGGAAUAAAGUUUAAAGUCUUCCACGGACUGUUGUCUAAGAAUGCUUAAAUUUCUUCUGUUCAUGUAAAUUUUAAACCAGGUGUACAUUUAGGUGUUUAUGCUUUCAUACUGUAAAAAAAUGCAUUCAGCUGAAAUUUUUAUAAAUGAAAUUAAAUGGCUUUAUUUAUGUAAAGAUUUAACUUUACAUUGAUAACAAAUAAACUUCAUCUAAACAGUCAUACAUUAAAA